AAGACCAAAAGAUUAAAUUGAUUACCUCUCUCCCUUUUUCUCUCUUUUCCACUUUCUUUUUUCUUCUUGGCUGUACCAUACCCUUCUUUCUGAAAUGCUUUCUAAACUAUACGAUCGACUAAGACAACAAAAACAUGAAUCGCAUAAAAAGAGUGCAUUCCCGAUUGCUUCAACAGAAAGACGCACCAUCUAUGUAAAUAUGGAAAUCCCACCAGACGAACUGGACGAUUAUGGACAACCCAACACAGACUAUAUUUCUAACCAGAUCCAGACAGCCAAAUACACAUGGUACACUUUUCUACCGAAAAAUCUGUUAGAACAAUUUCGAGGUAUUGCCAACCUGUAUUUUUUGUUUUUGGUGGUACUUCAAAUGUUUCCUCUGUUCAGUACGUCUGCUUCACCUGUAUUAGUGAUAUUGCCAUUGGCUGCUAUCCUUGUCAUCACAGGUGUCAAAGAUGCUGUGGAAGACAACAAAAGACAUCAAACAGACGAGAGUGUCAAUAAAGCCAUCACAUAUACCCUGUCUGAUUGGAAAAAUGUCAAUAUACCAGUACAUAAAGUAGCUCGAUGGCGACGUAUUCUGUAUUCCAUCAAAAAAUUCAUGACGCCUCGUAAAAGACAUCAUGAGCAAUUCGAAUUAGCCUCACGAGGCUUGAGCAGAACAAACACAACGACCAGUCAAUUUUCAGUGGCGCCUUCUAAAUCAGUCGCCUCCACCAUCAAAAACACCUUUAAAUCCACUACAUCACUCUCCAGCAUGGUAUUAAAACGAAAGAGUCGUAUGCCUUAUCGACCAGGACAAGUGCCUCAUUCCGUCCUUCGGUCCAAUACCAAAGAUACAAGCUCAAAAAAAAAGAAGCGUCAAUCAACCUCCGUUCGUCAGCCACUGGAUAAACGAUGGCGUCGAACUUUAUGGGAGGAUCUGAAAGUAGGAGAUUAUGUCUGUUUACGGAACGAUGAGCCUGUGCCUGCUGAUAUGGUCGUACUCUCAAGUUCAGAACAGGAUGGGCUUUGCUAUGUUGAAACUCAAAAUCUAGACGGUGAAACCAACUUGAAAAUCAAGCGUUCACUUCAGGCAACAAAUGAGAUCAACACACCCGAAGACUGUGAAAAGUCCAAUUUCUAUAUUGAAAGUGAACCUCCUCAUGCUAAUCUAUAUACAUACAAUGGUGUAUUGAAAUGGAAGAUUGAAAAUUCAAGACAAAUCGAUAGUAUUGAUGAAGGACUUGCUUUAGAAGAAGCCAAUACCAUUGCCGAAGAUGAAGACGGGUUUCAGACAGUGUUGGAAGACGAAGAAGAAGGGGAAAUGGAAGAUGUACAUCAUGAAAAGACAGAGGCCAUCACUGCCAGUUCUGUUCUCUUACGUGGUUGUGUCUUGAGAAAUACAGGUUGGGUGAUUGGAUUAGUCUUGUUUACAGGCAAUGAAACCAAAAUCAUGUUGAAUUCUGGUAAAACGCCAAGCAAACAAAGUAAAAUGGAAAAAGCCACAAACCCUUAUGUUAUUUUCAACUUUAUCUUGUUGCUAAUCUUAUGUUUGAUAUGUUCAAUUGCAGCAAGUAUUGUCUAUAGCAGUCAGAGUUCCUCAAUGUUUUUUGAAAGUAAAGAUGCCGAAAGUGGUACCAUGGAAGGUUUUAUUAUGUUUUGGACUUCUUUGGUUAUCUAUCAAAACAUUAUACCCAUUUCACUCUAUAUCUCGGUUCAGAUUGUCAAGACAGCAGCCGCUUAUUUUAUUCAUACAGACAUUGAUCUCUAUAACGAAAGACUAGAUCAACCAUGUACACCUAAAACAUGGAAUAUUUCAGAUGACUUGGGACAGGUUGAAUACAUUUUCUCAGACAAGACAGGUACAUUGACACAAAAUAUCAUGGAAUUUCGACGUUGCACCAUUAAUGGUGUAUGUUAUGGUCUGGGUGAAACGGAAGCUGCGGUUGGUGCCAAGUUACGUGACGCUGAAACAACAGAGCAUACGGGCGACGCUGCCGUAGCAUCCCGCAAGAUCUCUCAUCAGCUAGAUCUUGACAAGGCCCGUGCUGACAUGAUUGAAAAGCAAACAAGCCUAUUUGACCAUAAGUACCUCAACCCCCAAUCCACAUUUGUCGAUCCUCAAAUGUUUGAUGAUAUUCGUAUGCAAGAUGAACAUUCACAAAGUGUUGUGCAUUUCUUUUCAGCCUUGGCUUUAUGUCACACUGUAAUUCCCGAGAUUCCUGAUGAAGAAAAGCCCAACCAGAUUGACUACAAGGCACAAUCGCCUGAUGAAGCAGCCUUGGUGGCAACUGCUCGCGAUAUGGGAUUUACCUUUGUGGCUAGAGAACAAGACAAUGUGUUGGUUGACAUCAUGGGUGAGCAACGUACGUUUCAGCUGUUGCAUGUCUUAGAAUUCAAUUCAACACGUAAACGUAUGAGUGUGAUCAUGCGAUCGCCUGUGGAUGGUCAAGUCAUUUUGUUGUGUAAAGGUGCAGAUUCUGUGAUCUAUGAACGAUUAUCAACAGGCAUUGAGGCAUUGACAGAUAAAGCAAGUCAAGAACAGGUACGUGUGCGAGAAGAAACGUUGCAGCACUUGGCUACGUUUGCCAAUGAAGGUCUUCGUACGCUUUGUAUUGCCAGUCGGGUGAUUGAAGAAGAAGAGUAUGAAGCAUGGGCUGCCCGUUACAAGAAUGCUUCCAACAGCAUUCGUAACCGAGAAGAAGAGAUUGAACGCGUGUGUGAAGAAAUCGAAACCUCAUUGACGUUGAUUGGUGGUACUGCCAUUGAAGAUAAGUUACAAGAAGGUGUGCCUGAUACUAUUGGUGUGCUUGCAGAAGCAGGCAUCAAGAUCUGGGUCUUGACGGGUGAUAAAGUAGAGACAGCUAUCAACAUUGGGUUUGCCUGUAAUUUGUUGACCAAAGAUAUGCUCUUGAUUAGUGUGAAUGCACAUAGUGAGGAAGAAACCAUAGAGCAGUUACGCAAGGCAUCCCUCGAAGUACAAGAAAAAUCCAAGACGCAGAAAUGUGCUCUGGUCAUUGAUGGAGAGUCUUUGAAAUAUGCAUUGGAGCCCAACUGCAAAGAUGAGUUAUUAGAACUCGGCACUCAAUGCCGAGCUGUUGUCUGCUGUCGUGUCAGUCCUAUGCAAAAAGCCAAAGUGGUGAAUUUAGUUAAGAAGGGCCUUAAAGUCAUGACACUUGCCAUUGGUGAUGGCGCUAACGAUGUGAGUAUGAUUCAAGAAGCCAAUGUAGGCGUUGGUAUCUCUGGUGAAGAAGGUCGACAGGCUGUCAUGGCUUCUGAUUAUGCCAUUGCUCAAUUUAAAUAUCUGAGUAAGCUGUUGUUGGUGCAUGGUCGUUGGUCUUAUCUUCGUACAUCUGAAAUGAUCUUUACUUUCUUUUACAAGAAUAUUAUGUGGACAUUGGUCUUGUUUUGGUACCAAUUGAUGUGUGGGUUCUCAGGUACAAUGAUGUUUGAUUAUUCUUAUAUUACUCUGUACAACUUGGUUUUCACUUCAUUGCCCUGUAUUUUUGCUGGUAUUUUUGACCAAGAUCUAAAAGCCGAGUAUUCUUUCAAAUUCCCUCAAUUGUAUUUGAUGGGCAUUCGUAACGAUAAAUUCACAAGCAAUCGAUUUCUGUUGACUGUCUUGGACGCCAUCUAUCAAUCUGCUAUUUGUUUUGGUCUACCUUAUAUGGUCUUUAUUGGUCCUAAACUGAGUAACAAUGGCUAUGACACAGAAGGCGUUACUGAAUUGGGUACAUUUAUUGCUGGUAUUGCUGUUGUUGUUGCAAAUGUGUUGGUAGGCUUCACUAUCUUUAGCUGGACCUGGAUCAUGUUUCUGUGUAUUUUUCUCUCGACAGCUACAUUCUUUAUCUGGACCGGCAUUUAUUCUAAUAUCUUGACAUUUUCAUUUUAUGGUGAGGCCAUUCUAUUUGGCGAAGGAACGUUUUGGCUCUGUCUGAUCCUGACGUUUGCUGUUUGCUUGUUUCCUCGGUACCUUGCCAAGUUUUAUCUUCAAAUGUACCAUCCUUUUGACAAUGAUAUUAUUCGAGAAACUGUACUCUGCAAGGUACCUGUGUCUAGAGAACGGUAUUUGGACGAAGAAUCUCUUCCUAUCAAUCUAUCACGUACACGGUCUGAGAACCGACCUCACUUGGACACUUUGGACGAAGAAGAGGAUGAAGAAAAUAGCUAUGUCAUGAAAGAAAAAAAACGCAACCAAACAGGCUUGCGUCGUACAGAUACCAAUGCUUCUACCAAGAGCGAAAUCAUGAACAUGAGAACUGGAAAGCGUUCUUCUUUUACUGGUUUUGCUUAUUCUUCAGAUGAUGCUCAUGUAUUUGAUGAAUACCGAAAAUCUGUCUAUCGCACCAACACAGGCAGCGACAUGUUGCGCACCAGUUUAGUCCAAAAAGCACGUCAGUCGAUGAUGUCUUUGCCUAAACGAAAAGGAGGCCAAGAUUGGAUGCCGAUUGGUAACUUCCGUUUUGGAAAAUCACCAGCAAGUCUUGGUAAGAAAAUGAUAAAGGCAGUCAAGAAUCGUAUCCAUCAUCACAACAAAGAAGCACGUGUGCCUUCGAUGGAUUCGUCCAUGUACGGCGCGAGUUUGAUGCAAGCGGAAAGUAUGGAUAACAUGACAUUACUUGCACCCGACCGCAACAACAAUUUUGUCGCGCCUAUUCCUCCUUCCACACCUUCCACUGAACACUUGAACUAUCAACCAAUGUCAAAUAUGGAACCAAUUCAACCUCUUUUACUUCGAAACCAACAAAGUAGUCACAAUGAGCCUACACACAAAAACGAGCAUUCUGAAGAUACACCUAAGCAUUAUUAGCAUUGAAUUGUAUACA